GAGGGAGGAAGAGAGCACUUUUCCAAAGAGCCCCAAUGGAAGACUGAUGACUGACUGCGCACCUGGAGCUUCUCGCCAGGGUGGAGGACAGCAGAGGGGUUUCUACUGAAGGUCCAACAGAAGGUCUCACUGGGAGGCUUUGUGUCCAGAAAGAAGGUUCUCACUAAAGGCUUUGAGCAGAACAUUCCUCGUAGGAGAGUUUCAGCUCAACGGUUCGCACGGACAAAAGGUUCGGGCACAAGAAGGGGACGAUUGAGCCUGGAGGUCUUCUGCACGACUCCACCUGGACCUCCGUCCACCUUCUCCUUCCUCCUCCACCUUCUUCUCCUGGACUCGCACAUCUCUGCUCUACUCCGGCUCCUCCUCCUCCUCCUCCUCCGUUCGGCUGCGGGGCUCGCGCUCCACUCCACUCCAGUCCAGGACCCUCUUUCUGGACCACGAUGCAGAAGAAGCUGAGCCCGAACGCGCGAGUUCCGCCGCCCCGCCGGGACCCCGAGCUCCAGCAGCGGCUCUCGGAGCCCGGAGGCUCCCCGCUGAAGGAGACGGAUCCCGGGCAGGAGCGCGACGGAGCCGCGGGGGAAGCGCGCGCCAAGCGCAGGAUGCUCGUGGGAUUGGACCUCAUGUGCCUCUUCGUAGUUUCCAUUCCUUUCUUCGCCUGUGAGCUGAAGGCUGUGACCCCGUACCACAGAGGGUUCUUCUGUGGAGACCCCAGCAUCACAUACCCACACCUGAAGACGGAGUCCAUCCCCGACAGCCUGCUCAUCGGUGGGGGCAUCGCCAUCACGGGGCUUGCGAUUGCUCUGGGCGAGUGCUACCGUGUGCGUUUUUGUGAUGUCUAUUCACGGGCUUUUGUGAGGAACCUCUACGUGUCCAGCCUAUACAAGGAGCUGGGUAGCUUCCUGUUUGGCUGCUGCGUGGGCCAGUCACUAACCAACAUAGCCAAGCUGAGCGUGGGGCGCCUCCGACCACACUUCCUGUCCCUCUGCAAUGUCACCUAUGCCUCUUUGAACUGCAUGCUCGGGACCUACGUCCCCAGUGUGGUCUGCAGGCUGACUGACCCCAGAGAGGUGGAGGAGGCCAGGAAGUCCUUCUUCUCAGGACAUGCCUCCUUUGCUAUGUACACCAUGCUUUACCUGACGUUCUACCUGCAGGCCCGGCUCACCUGGCGAGGGGCACGGCUGCUGCGGCCUGUCCUCCAGUUCCUCCUGGUCCUGCUGGCCCUGUACACGGGCCUGAGCCGCGUGUCCGACUACCGGCAUCACCCCACCGAUGUGCUCGCCGGCUUCCUGCAGGGGGCGCUCACGGCAUACUGGGUGGUGUUCCACAUCUCCUCCAUGUUCAAGAUGUCCUGUGCAGACCUGUCACCCAUCACCGUGUCCCUGGAAAGCCCUCUGUCCAGCCAGCAGACGGUGUGCUGACCGCGGCCGUAGGGUGAGAGAGAGAAAGAGAGAGAGAGAGAGAGAGAGAGAGAGAGAGAGAGAGAGAGAGAGAGAGAGAGAGAGACGAAGGACGGAGGAUGAGUACGGAAGGGCAGGAGCGAUGAGCAGAGGCUUUCUCCCCGUCCACAGCAUCGACUGGAGUCCGUCCACGAGGCGGAGAAAGGACGUCUGUGACACGAGGACAGAGACUGAGAGAGGCGUCACACACUCACACGCCCUCCUUCUGGUUACGGUCACACUCGAGCAAGAACAUCUCCCAAUUGUGCCAAUAUAUAUUAAAAGCACAAAAUGACAGUAUAUAUUACAGUACGACUGUGAGUACAGCGAAUGUUUCCUGUUAAAAAAAAAAAAAAACAAAUGUCCUUGUUAAGCAAGAACCAGCGUCUCCGAAUUCUCUUCUCAGAGCUGUUUUCCUGCAGGUGGUUCUGUGAUGCUGCUAGUUUGACUGCAGUGGUCAAACCGUGCCGACGCGUUCAGCGGUGCCCUCGCCGGGUCCAAGGUUCGGGACGCCCGGCACCGCCCCGCUGCGCAUUCUGCACAGAGUCAAAAUACUGGAUUUCUGCACAAUGAGGCGUGUCUGAGGUCCAAGCCAUUUCAGCCCAAACUCCAGGUGCCUUUAAUCACAAUCACGGGAUGUUUUCCAGAAAAUUCUGCCUUUUUCAACCACUUUGUACCUGUUUGGUAAAGCGGUGACUGACCGUGACCUUUGACCUCCGACCUGCACCUUCAGACCUGACCGGGUCGCCGCGUGGCUGCUGCUGCACGGUCGGCUGCGUUUCUUCAUUCGCAGCGCUUGAAUCGUGGAGUGGAGCCCUUCUGUUUUCACUAGUCCUCCUACACACUUCCCGUGUAAAGGCAAACGUGACUAAUUGUCUGUUUAUUGUCUCUCGUCAUCGCAGGAAUGUUAAGAAGUCGCUAAUUGCACUGAGCACUGUGCACACACGGUCCCACGCGCGUCGUCCUCGACACGGUGUCCAGCGACUGAGCCGGCGGCGUAGAAAUAUGCAAUAUUUAUCGUUUUUUUCAUAUUGUAGAGUGUUUGGUUUUUCCACGAGUGCCACGGCAAUAGAAAUAACCACUGUUCUCAUUCAUUCAUGCCUGUAAAGAAGAAAUAAAUGGAGCGUUAUGUCAUGUUUUUACUUCUUUGAGUUCUGUCGUCAAUUUCACGCUCGACCGGUUCCUCAAUUUGUCCCUGCAGGAUUACCGCAGAAUUACCGCAGGAUUACCGCAGGAUUACCGCAGGAUUGCCCCCUGUCCACAAACCAGGCCCCUCAUCAAGACAUGUCAUGUUCAAGCAUGGUACG